CCGCUGCUCCUGACGCACAGAGAUCAUUGUGAGAUCGCAGGUUGGGAGGAUGACAGCUCGAGUGCAUUGCUCGUGGAUUGUGGUUUUAUCGUGUCUGUUUGGGUACUUGAGCAUUACAGAUGCUAUUCAAAGACGAGCCACAGCAAAGCCAGGAGAGUGUCCACCCUUAUCAUCUGUAAGAAGAUUGUGUACCUGGUCCUGUACUAGUGACUUUAACUGUCCCAACAAUGAGAAGUGCUGCAGCAAUGGAUGUGGACGUUACUGUACGGCUCCAUAUACAGUGAAGCCAAAUCAAUGUCCCAACCCGAAGAACAUUCCACUGUCUGCUGAAAGCUGUUUCAAUGAUGGCCAGUGUCCUGCCACACAGAAAUGUUGCCCAACCACCAGUGGCCAUGCAUGCAGUGAACCAAGCGUGGUCGGGGAAAUGGCCAUGGAAGCGGUCAAGGCCAUGGAAGCGGUCAAGGAAGGGGUUAUAGUCAGGCUAGUGGUCAAACAAAUGGUCAGGGAAGCGGUUAUGGUCAGGGAAGUGGUCAAGCAAGCGUUCAGGGAAGGGGUUAUAGUCAGGCUAGCGGUGACGCAAAUGGUCAGGGAAGUGGUUUUGAUCAGGGAAGUGGUCAGGCAAGCCAUCAAGGUAAUGGUCAGGAAAGCCAUCAGGAAAGUGGUCAAGCAAUCAGUCAGGGAAGCGGUUUUGGUCAGGGAAGAGGUCAGGGAAGUGGUCAACCAAGUGUUCAGGGAAGGGGUUAUAGUCAGGGAAGCAGUCAAGGAAAUGGUCAGGGAAGCGGUUAUGGUCAGGCAAGCAAUCAGGCAAGCCAUCAAGGAAAUGGUCAGGCAAGCAAUCAGGCAAUCAGUCAGGGAAGUGGUCAAGCGAUCAGUCAGGGAAGGGGUUAUAAUCAGGCUGGCGGUCAGGGAAGUGGUCAAGCAAGCCGUCAGGGAAGAGGUUAUGGCCAGGGGAGCGGUCAGGGAAAUGGUCAAGCAUAUAGUCAAGCAAGCAGUCAGGCAAGCCAUCAGGGAAGUGGUCAGAAAAGUGGUCAAGCAAGCAGUAAGGGAGGCGGUCAAUGAAAUGGUCGGAUGUGGUCAAGGAAGUGGUUGGGGAUGUGGUCAUGGAAACUGUCGGGGAUGUGGUCUUUGAAACUUUCAUUGAAAUUUUGCAUAACACCUACCGGAGAUCUUCUCAAUUCAGUGCUUUAUUCAUAUG